CCGAUCUUGACCGCGGUUUUCCUUAAUUUUGUGUGUGUUGCAAGGUCGAGGAAGGCCCGGCGCGCUUACUUCUGGAAAGAGCUCGUCGUGACAUUCUCUUUGAUUGAAGGUUUCUUAUCCGAAAGGAGCCUUCUUCCGAGGCAUUUUUAUCGUCUGCGCGUCCUUGUUUCCUAAUCGUACUGACACUUCGAUGCAAACACAUAGUGCACUCUGCAGAGGACCAACCUGAGUGCAAUUAUGGCCACGCACGACCACUGUGUUCUCUGAUCCAGGACAAGGAAGAAGAUUCCCACAAGCCCGUUCCUCGGGCAGCCGCGUAACCCAGUCGUUCUACUUCUAGUUGCAAACCCCCAGCGCCAUCAACAGCCCAAAGAAAAUGUUGAAGUGGAUGUUGGGGGAGAAGAAGGGCAGCGACGCCUACAAGGAGCUGUACAACACGGUGACCGAGGGGAUUCAGACCUGUUACCGGGAGAACAUGCUGCCCCUGGAAUCCGCGUCCCUGUUUCACCAGUGUUACGCCCCCCGGCUGACGGACGCGGAUUUUGCGGCCAAGCCCAUGGUGCUGCUGAUGGGCCAGUACAGCACGGGCAAGUCCAGCUUCAUCCGGCACCUGUUAGAGCGGGACUACCCGGGCCUUCGCAUCGGCCCCGAGCCCACGACGGACAAGUUUGUGACGGUAAUGCACGGGAAAACGGAUCGCAUCAUUCCUGGGAAUGCCCUGGUCGUGGACAACACGAUGCCCUUCACGCAGCUCGCGAACUUUGGCAACAACUUUUUGCAGCGACUGGAGUGCGUCCAACUGAACAAUCCGAUCCUGGAGGGACUCACCUUCAUCGACACCCCCGGCGUCCUGUCGGGCGAAAAGCAGCGCCUGCAGCGCGGGUACGACUUCGAGGGUGUCAUUAAAUGGUUCGCGGACCGCAGCGAUCUCGUGAUCCUCUUGUUUGACGCGCACAAGUUGGAUAUCUCGGACGAGUUUAAACGAUGCAUCCACCAGCUGAAGGGAAACGAUAGCAAAAUCAAAAUCGUGCUCAACAAAGCGGAUCGGGUAUAAAUAGGACAACAUAAUUUUGUUUGUAACAUUCGGUUUAUUGUGAAGUGAAAACAAUUGCGAAUGAGUGACUUACACGCAUUUUCUGUAAUACGCAAACUUGUUGUAGCAUUCACGCAUGUAUGUACUUAUGCAACGUAAAUUUAUAGUGUACCAGUGUAGUGAUGUUUGCGUUAGAUUCAAAACGCACCAUACACUUGUACUUGAGAAAGAUAACAUCAUUAUACUGCAUCUUGUUCCAGAUAUCAACGCAGCAGCUGAUGCGCGUGUACGGUGCGAUGAUGUGGAGUCUUGGAAAAGUGAUUCACACGCCCGAAGUGGCUCGCGUGUUUCUGGGCAGCUUUUGGGACCAGCCGUUAGAAAACGAUGAGCAGCGCAAACUUUUUGAGAUGGAAGAGAACGACCUUUAUACUGCGAUUUCGGCGCUGCCCCGAAAUUCCGCCACACGACAGCUGAACGACUUGAUCAAGCGCGCCCGGCUCCUGCGCGUACACUCCUACCUGAUGGACCAUUUCCGCAAGGAAAUGCCAACGCUGUGGGGCGGGAGCUCCAAGCAAAGGGAACUCAUUCGGAACCUGGGCAGCAUCUGCCAGUCGCUCUCGAAGCAGCAUUCGCUUCCGCUGGGGGACUUCCCCAACGUGCAGGCCCUCCAGAGGCGCCUCACCUGCUUCGAGUUUUCAAAGCUGCAAACUAUCGAUCCCAAACAAAUUCAGGUACUAAUGACUUCGUAAAAGAUAUCAUCAUCCACUUUUAGGGCGGUAGACCAUAUUUCGAUUUUCAUUUUACCACGCCCACGUCGUGCUUUUUCCUGUAACUGUGGUUCUGCAAGUGUUUGUACGUAGUUUUCCCGAUCUACUGCCGCUUCGCGAGGACAACCUCCGACAAUAAACACAGGCACUGCAGAAAAUGCUGGAACGAGACGUCCAAAAAUUGCUGAAGCUGAUUCCGAGCGAGACGCUCCUGCAAGAACCGAAUGCGAAGCUUCCGUUCCAAUCUCCGGAUCCCAGCCCGUUCGCGGUUAACAAAGAGGGAGGGGUAACCGAGGCGACCUACUUGACCAGUCAAUAUCUCCAGAGCCCGCCGGACACACGUACAAUGAAUUUUUCCUACUGUUUUCGGUUCGCCUCAUCAUAAGUGAAGAUUGAUACCAUAUUUCAUCUCCAUUUGUUCUUCAUCUUCUCCUGUUUAUCUCACCUGCACCUGCUUUUCAACAACAGGGAAAUACGAGCGGGACUUCGUAAGCAUUGGUCCGGACAAGGAAGGCAAGAUCAGUGGGCUGCAAGCGAAAACGCGUAUGGAGCUCUCGAAGCUGAACAAUGGAAUGCUGCACAAAAUUUGGAAGUUGGCAGACGUGGACAAGGACGGCAAACUCUCGCUUUACGAGUACGCUCUCGCCCAGCACUUCAUCGAGAUGAAGCUCCAAGGCUUGGAGCUGCCCAGCGAGCUCCCGGAGUGCAUGGAAAAACCGCCUCCGGUUGCGCCGGCGCACAGCAGCAGCAGCAGCAAGCAUUCGGGCGGGGAACACAAGCGGCACAUAACCGGUCACGAUGCACUGUCGGGAGCCUGACGAGGGGAGAUGGACAGGGGUGGAACACAAACGGCAAAUCUGGCCCCCGAACAAGAUGCCGACAUAUAACGAAAAUAGAUGAUGACUAUAAGAAAAAUCUAGUGACGAAACAGAAAGUGAAAGAAAAACACGAACGAUAUAUGAAUAUGAAUACCAGCAGCGAGAGCGAGAAGGUCAGCCUGAGUUUCACAUCUACAAAGGCCAGUUCCGAUAUGAUGACAGCUUCUGCCCUGCCAGUGCUACGAC